CGACCAAUCGGGCGCGACGCCUUGGUCUUGCCCGGGGGACUCGUGGGGUAACUUGCUCUUGUGAACCAGCACCAUGGCGUCUGGCUGUAAGAUUGGCCCGUCCAUCCUCAACAGCGACCUGGCCAAUCUAGGGACCGAGUGCCUCCGAAUGCUGGACUCUGGGGCCGACUAUCUGCACCUGGAUGUAAUGGACGGGCACCCUGCUCUUCAGGGAGGUCAGUUUUUUCUCUCCUACACUGUAAGCUCCCUGAAAACAGGUUCUGUUUCUCUGGCUCAACUCUGUAUUCUUUGCAGGCAUUUUGUUCCCAACAUCACCUUUGGUCACCCUGUGGUAGAAAGCCUCCGAAAGCAGCUAGGCCAGGACCCUUUCUUUGACAUGCACAUGAUGGUGUCGAGGCCGGAACAGUGGGUAAAGCCAAUGGCUGUAGCAGGAGCCAAUCAGUAUACCUUUCAUCUCGAGGCUACUGAGAACCCAGGGGCUUUGAUUAAAGACAUUCGGGAGAAUGGGAUGAAGGUUGGCCUUGCCAUCAAACCAGGAACUACAGUUGAGUAUUUGGCACCGUGGGCUAAUCAGAUAGAUAUGGCCUUGGUUAUGACCGUGGAACCUGGGUUUGGAGGGCAGAAAUUCAUGGAAGAUAUGAUGCCAAAGGUUCAUUGGUUGAGGACCCAGUUCCCAUCUUUGGACAUAGAGGUCGAUGGUGGAGUAGGUCCUGACACUAUCCAUAAAUGUGCAGAGGCAGGAGCUAACAUGAUUGUGUCUGGCAGUGCCAUUAUGAGGAGUGAAGACCCCAGAUCUGUGAUCAACCUGUUAAGAAAUGUUUGCUCAGAAGCUGCUCAGAAACGCUCUCUUGAUCGAUGAAAGCACAAGGCAUCCCAUGUUUCUGCUUAUGAAAUCUUUUUACUGGAAAACAAGAAUAUUGACUACCAAAUCCUAUCACAAUUGAGGCAGUGCUGUUUUUCUGAGCAAUUAUUCAUUCCAGUGACUAACGUCUAUUGUGCAGAAUGUUCCAAGAGGUUAGAAACUGGUGUGUAUUACUACUUUUUUAGUGACGGAAUUUAAACAUUAGUGUGGUAAGAGAUCAUUUUUACUGGGAAACUUGAUUUUUAUAAAGAGUAAAAAUAUGGCUGUUUUAAGGUUAUAAACAGAAAUGUGUCUUAAUUCCUAAGGAAGGCAUAUUAGCUAUUAUGAAAAACAUGUUUUUUUUCCACUUCUAAAAAGUGUUUUCUUUUGUUUCUCGGCUGUUUUCCAAAAGCAAAGGAAGUCCUUAUGUUUUUCCUGUUUCAUAUCAUUUUUUAUUUGUAUAUGUGUGUGAUAAUGAGUAGAAUGGAACUCAAUGAAAAAUCUAAAUGAAUCUGGCUGGGUUGGCAUACCAUAUUCUUCUUGCUUCUAAAGCAUCUAUUUUUUACUUUGCACCUUAUAUUUGAUAUAUAAAGACUGUAAAACCAAUGUAUGAAGCCCAGCGAUUUUCAUGUAGUUUGUUUUAAAAUACAAGCUUAGAUUUUUAUCACGGUGUUCCUUUGUUAGCUUUAGUGCAGCAGCAGGUUAUUCACUGAUUUCCGCCCCACCCCUCCCCCCUCCCAUCACAGCCACCAUUCUCAAGGACAUGAAGUAAUGUGCUAGCUCUGGGCAAAAAGGAAAGAAAAUCUUCCAUUUGGAAGUAAAAUGGAGUUGCAUCUUGACUCUCCCCCUUUCCAACUAUUGACCUUAGCAAAUCAAAUCAACCCGUUUCUUUGAGCUUCUAUUAACUGACUUAUACGUUGAAUGCAAUUGUAAUAACUGUGCAGGGUUGUACUGAGGAUUAACAGAGAUACUAUUAUGUAUGUAAAGCUUCCACUACUGUUGCUAGAAUUGUAAGAUGGCAAUGAGGAGGCUCAGUACAAAGCGAUCAUAAAUUUGUUUUGUACGCUAUAAAAUACUUUGAUAUGAUCUCAUUAAAUCUACAAAUCACUCCUAUGAGUGGUAGGACAGGUACUUUUGUGCAUAUUUAAAAAAUGAAGCUACUAAAGCUCAGCAACAGGCUGAUAGCAUGGAAAGGAUCCAGUAGGGCAUAGGAUUUUCUGGUGUGUUUUCUUUUUACAAAUGGAGGCCUUGGGAGGGGCAUUAGGCAAAGAACACUUCUUUUACUUAACACUGUCUUAUUCCCAGUCUAAAUUUACCCUGUAGCGGAACCAGAUGGCUGAGGACAUUCUGGAACUAUGGAUUUUGACUCCGAGGAUACAUAUUUUAUUAAUCCAUGAAAAAACAGGUAGGCUAAGAGAUGACAAGAGUUAAUCCAUAAAAUAAAUAUUGUGUCCCAAAUUAUGCUAUGACAACAAAUAUAUAUGCCCCUUCAUUAUUGUAAAUACUCUUGCUAUGUAACACAUAUACGCGUAUGGCAAGAAAUAACAGGACCAGUGUCAUUGAACUUCUUUAGGCUACUGUGAGUUUUAAGAAAUAAGAUUUGAAAAAUAAGAACAUUAAUGCUUAAGCAUGGAAUAGAGCUUGCUUUGUUGUUAUUUUCUAGAUUAUAAGGCAAAAAUUUGUUUCUUAAUGUUUGUGUUUAUUUUGGCUUAGGAAAGUUUUGUGCCAUGAAUAAGGUGGUGUUUAAUCAAAUCAGACAAUAAGGUAUAUAGAAAUAACUUUAAUUAAAAAACUUACAUAGAAGAUUAUAUCAGACAUGACAAAGAUUUGAGUUUAUUUGCCUGACAACUUGGGUUUGUCUAGCUGUUGUUUUCUUUUUAAAAAAAUAAAUGUACAGUAAAACAAGCAAAAA